CCGGAGGAGGAGGGGCGGCCGCAGGGAGCUGAGCGGCGGUGGGGCGGCUGGAUCCUCUCGUAACCCCGCCCGGCCGCCCGCCGCUGGCUCGGGAGAAACCAGCUUGAUCUUCCUUCUGGGGAGCGGCCUCCCCCGACCCCGCCCAGCCGGUGCCUCCAGUAGUCUCCGCAAAAAUGCACCCGUGUUAGACCGGCUGUCAUCUAGAAAUGCUACAGGGCGCCCGACGAACAAUCAUGAACUUUCCUUUUGCGUAUUUAGGCAGAAGUAGGACGCGAAGCAUCGGGUUCCUGUUUUGCUGCCUAAUCUGGAGGCUCCAGUUUCCGCGGCUGCUUCUCUUGGGUGUUACCUGCCACGCCGUCGUCUGCUCCUUAUGGCGACCUGGCCUUGCAGGAAGUGCCAGCCUUUUGCAUCUUUACAGUAACAAGUCAAACCCCGAGCAGGGCUAUUGUGAAAGAGAAGUUAGAUUAGCCUCGUCUCUCGACUUCUGGACGCUCUCCUCUGAAAACCUUAUAGCUGUGUUGCCAAUUGAUCCUGUUAAAGAAAAUUAUGUGCGUAAAGUGAAAAACUGUGUUUUUUCAAUUGCCUUCCCCACUCCUUUCAAAUCAAGAGUACAUCUUGUAGCGGUUUCAAAGCAAGUGCUAGAAGAUAUUUUGGACCUUGAUUUAUCUGUCUCAGAAACAGAUGAUUUUAUCCAGCUUGUAAGUGGCGAAAAGAUAGUACUUGGAUCCAUUCCAUUGGCUCACAGAUAUGGGGGCCACCAGUUUGGGAUAUGGGCAGAUCAGCUCGGGGAUGGAAGAGCCCAUCUUAUUGGAAUUUACAUGAACAGGCAGGGUGAAAAGUGGGAGCUCCAAUUAAAAGGCUCAGGAAAAACCCCAUACUCCCGAAAUGGCGACGGCAGAGCUGUGCUUCGUUCCUCCAUGAGAGAAUUUUUGUGUAGUGAGGCUAUGUACUAUCUCAGAAUUCCCACUAGCAGAGCUGCAAGUCUGGUUGUAAGUGAUGAUGCAGUAUGGAGAGAUCAGUUCUACAAUGGAAACGUUGUGAAAGAACGAGGUGCAGUAGUGCUGCGUGUUGCAAAAUCAUGGUUUAGAAUUGGAUCGUUAGAAAUUUUGGCUCAUUAUGGUGAAUUGGAUUUACUAAGGAUGUUAUUAGACUUCAUCAUACAGGAACACUUCCCCUCAGUAGAUGUCAAGGAACCUAACAGAUAUUUGGAUUUUUUUUCUACUGUGGUGUCUGAGACGGUACAGCUUAUUGCCUUGUGGAUGUCUGUUGGUUUUGCUCAUGGUGUUUGUAAUACUGAUAACUUCAGUUUGUUAUCCAUCACAAUUGACUAUGGUCCAUUUGGUUUUAUGGAGGCCUAUAAUCCAGAUUUUGUACCAAACACAUCUGAUGAUGAAAGAAGAUAUAAAAUAGGAAAUCAGGCUAAUAUUGGAAUGUUUAAUUUAAACAAGUUGUUACAAGCUCUAAACCCAUUACUGGAUCCUAGGCAAAAGCAACUUGCUGCUCAGAUUCUUGAGGGGUAUCCCAUUCUUUAUGAUACAAGAUUUAGAGAAUUGUUCAAAGCCAAAUUGGGAUUACUUGGAAAAAGCAAGGGUGAUGAUGAUUUAAUUGCAUUUCUCUUACAUCUCAUGGAAAAGACAGAAGCUGACUUUACAAUGACAUUUCGGCAGCUCAGUGAGAUCACUCAAAGCCAGUUACAGGAGCUCAGCAUUCCUCAGCAAUUCUGGGCACUGAAAACGAUCUCAAAGCACAAACUCUUUCCUGCCUGGGUGUCCCAGUACCUUUUGAGACUGAAGAGUAACAUGAAUGAUUCAGAUUCUGAAAGAAGAAAAAGAAUGACAACUGUUAAUCCUAGAUACGUGCUGAAGAACUGGAUGGUGGAAUCUGCAGUGCAAAAAGCAGAAAGGAACGAUUUUUCAGAGGUCCAUCUCCUCCAGCAAGUUCUUCGCCGUCCUUUCCAGAAGCAUUCUGCAGCUGAGACAGCAGGCUAUUCCUCACCUACUCCUUCCUGGGCCAAAGAUCUCAGGGUUAGCUGCUCAUCUUAAUUUGGGGAAAAUCAAUUAAGGGAUACUUCUAUCACCGAACCCAGCAUAGAAUAAUCUAUUUGACAAAUUCUUAAUGACCACCUACAUUUUCUUGACAAUCCUGUAUUUCAUAAUAAUGGUUAUAUAUAAAAACAUUUUUUAACCAAAUAAAGUGGACCUAUUCUCUGGAACAUGUUUGUGGUCAUUUUUGUUUUAAUCAAUCAAUUUAAUGAAUAAUAACUACCUGAGUUAUUCUCAAUAACUAAAAAAUCUUAUAACAAAUCUUUUAAUGAAUUUGUAAGUUUUCAUCUAAUACCAUGUAUCCAGCAAUUUGGGGCACAUCAAAUAAGAAUAUAAUUUAAUUGUACUCCUCAAGCUUUUUUGUCUGUUAUAGUAAUUUUCAUUUACCAAAAUAAAAGAAUCAUUUAAUGAACCUGA